AAAUCUUUAAUAUUUUUUCAGAACUUAAUAAGAACAUGUCUAGUCAGCAGCCUUUUAGCCCGGCAAUAUCUUGCUGUGAGAUACAACAUGUUCAUCAGCUUUCAGACCAGUUGAACAAGCUAUAUUUGAGUGAUGAAUAUUCUGACAUUACACUGGUGGUUCAAAAUUCACGUUUCUCUGCCCACAAGGUUAUACUGGCGGCAAGGUCGGAAUACUUCAGAGCUUUGCUGUACGGAGGGAUGAGAGAAUCUUCACAAUCAGAGGUAAAUCAGACGUAAUUUC